AUGGGUGGCGGCGACCUUAGACACGCAAGCGGAAACGUGGCCGACCAGCACCCGGGCGAGUUUGGCGGACCGUCUGGAAAGAAACAGGACUUACAGGAAGAGGACGACCUCAAGCUGGGCACGGCGGCGGGAGCGACGCUGCGGGAAAAGGAGGAGCAGGACCCCGCCGAGCGCCUGCGGGACAUGCAGGCGAAGGUGCGGGAGGACCCGAUGUUCAUGAUGAAGAAGCGGCAGCAGGAGCGCCUGCGCGAGCUCCGCAGCAAUCCCGUGCGCAUGCGGGAGCUGCGAAAGGCCCUGGAGAAGGACACGGGCAAGCACGACAAGAAGAAGCACAAGAAGAAGAAGCACAAGAAGGACAAGAAACACAAGAAGGACAGGAAGGACAAGGAAGGAGACAGGGCCGGCAGCGAGCGCGUCAAGGGCUGGGACCAGCACGACAGCAGCGACAGCGGUGACAACGGUCGUGGCGUUGAGAGCAGGCACAGGGGCGGUGGUGGCUCGGUGCACGACAGACGUCAGCAUGCCGAUGCUGACGAUGUUGCAGUGAGGAGAAGGACGAGUGGCCGCAGACACGGCUAUGACGCCGCCGCUGGUGGUGACAGCAUUGGCGGGAUGCAGAGGAGAAGGGGAAGUGAGCGCAGCGAGAGGUACGAUGGCCGCAGUGCUGAUGACGGCGACAGGCGGCGUUCUGAUGGCCGGCACCGGAACCAGGUCACGUUCCCGCUCGCCCGUGCAACCACGCGGCGGCUGGAGGCGAUGGUGGCGAAUGCCAGGUGGCGCGAAGGGGUGCGGCGGGAGAACCUGCGCAAGUACGAGGAAGAGGAGAAGCGCGAGGCCGAGGAGGAGGAGAAGGCAGCGGCAGCGCGGCGCAGGCGCGAUCAGGAUGGCGCCGACACAGAGGCAGCGUUCCUCAAGGACGUGCAAGCGGAAGCGUGGCGGUCCAGCAGCACGGCGAGUUUGGCGGACCGUGUGCGAAGGAACGUGCACUCCAGCAGCACGGCGAGUUUGGCGGACCGUGUGCGAAGGAACGUGCACUACAUCCAGCGCACGGCACAUGCCAUGGAGCAAGGCCUCAAGCGCUCAUGA